AUGAUUACAGGUCUAGAACUGGUUAAGAACCUCGGGGACGAAGUGAUCGAAGCCAAAUGUGACUCUCUCCUUGAUGUAAAUCAAGUUAAUGAAACAUUCAAAGUAAAGGAAGAGCAGAUGCGAAGUGUAUCGACUCCGAUGAAUCUGUUCGGGGGCAGUGGUACAACUGAUGAAUUUGGUGGUACAAUAAGUCAUGCCAAAGUAAACUCGACAAGUUUGACUUGGGAUUGGAGGAACAGAUACAUAGACUACUUGAGGAUAGGAAAAUUGCCUUCGGAUCCCAAGGAAUCGAGAGCCCUGCAUACUAAGGCUGCCAGAUUUAGCUUAAUCGAAGGGGCAUUAUUCAGGAUAUCCUUCUUCGGCCCACUGGCAAGAUGUUUAAGGCCGGGAAAGACCGAAUACGCCAUGAGAGAAGCUCACAAGGGCACUUACGGGAAUCAUUUGGGGGCAAGAUCCUUAGUUUGA